CUUUGUAUGAGAUUUAUUAUAAGGAAUUCAUCUGUGGGGGAUUUUUUCUCACUUCCUGGCCUUUCCAGAUCUUCUUAAUCUUCCCAAUCAGUGAAUUAACAAAAGAAAACUAACAAUGAGCCCCCGUGAAAAGUUUGAAACGGUCAAGAUGGUCUUUAUUCGAUCAAUUGAGGAGACUGAGAGUCUCAAUGAAGUCAAAGAGGAAUUCAUCCGGGACGUCAGUUGCAGAAGAUUAGAACGGAUUACCACACCCACUGAUCUCCUGAACACAUUGGAAGCACAAUCGCUUAUCGGAGAGAACACAGUCACGGGAUUUAAGAGAAUAUCAAACAAGCUGCAGGAUGCUGGACUUCGGUGUGUGACGGAGAAUUUUAUGCAGGAAAUUCUGAAGGCACCUGAAUGUGCCUAUCCGGGUGUUAAUCAGUAUGAGGAGGAGAGGAAAAAUCAAUUACGACUCUCGGAGAUUUAUUCCGAAGGAAAUAAGAAGAAAACUCCGGAUGAGGAGGAGCUUGUAACGCGUGAGAAGAGAGAUGAAAUCUUCCGGAUUAUUGCAGAUGAGAUUGGGAAGAAAUGGAUGGACUUUGCUAGAGCAUUGGGAUUUCGGCAAGGAAAAAUUGACACACUACGGGAUCACCCAGCGAGGAUUCAUGUCAUCCUGGAGGAGGUUGAAAGCACACACCCACAUCGAGAAGUCUUCUCAAUGAUCCUCACAGCACUCGAGAAGAGCCGCAGGAAGGACAUGAGAGAUCGAAUUCAGCGAAUUCUACUUGAAAAGUAAUUUACUUAUUAUUAAAUUUAUAUUUCAAUAUUCAAUUAAACGCUCGUGUGAUAUCGAUUGCAAAUGAGAGGGAAA